AGAUAUGCCAGUGGUGUCCAGGCUACUACGCGGCAACUGGAAUCAGGAAUCCAAUAUGGCUGACAAUGUGGAACAUCUGUCAUUGGCAACAUCUUCAAAUAUCGCUGCUUUUCAAACAAUACGAGUAAAGUUUGACAAAUCUACGAAGGCAAAUCAUAUUAUGUAUUUGAAAAGCCAUUCAUCACGAGGAGAAGAUGAAUGUACGCCAAAUGGGAGGACGCUUUUUGUGUUAAAUGUCCCACCAUAUUGCACAAAGGUUGCACUGAGGGGAGUGUUUGCUGGUUGUGGAGCAAUCCAGAAGAUCUACAUUCAGAAGCAGCCAGGCCCAGUGAAAGAAAACAAGAAAUCUUUUUUCAACUUGAAUGCUAAAAUAAUGGGAUUUAAGGUGGCUUACAUAGUUUUUAAGAGGGAGUCUUCACUCCAAAAUGCCUUGCAAUUGGACAGCUCAGAAAUCAGAUAUUUUUCCACAGAUGAGAAACCCAUAGACACUGGAAUAAACAAAUGGUGCAAAGAAUAUGCUUCAAAUUACCCAAAUGCUACAAAGUUGCAAAAGGAAAUCGAUGAAUUCAUGAAAGAAUUUGAUAAAAAUCAAGAAGAGGAGAAGGAAACAGCUAAAAGGUUGCAAUCGGAACCUGAUGAAGAAGGCUGGGUAACAGUUGGAAAAGGUGGAAGAAAAUCUGGAGCAAAAAAAGUGGAAGCAACUGAUCUGCCGGAAAAGAAAAAGAAAAAAAUGCAACAACUCUACUUUUAUAACUUUCAACAACGUGAGACAAGGAGAGAACAUAUUGCUCAAUUGAGGAAGAAAUUUGAGGAAGACAAAGAGAAGGUUGCAAGGAUGAAAGCAGCGAGAAAGUUUAGACCCUACUGAUUUUUAAAAUAUCAGUCAGGUUUCAUACCAUACAGAUGAACAUAUUUGUGUAAUAUAUACAUUAGAGAACAGAGUUUAUCUGCUGUGUAUUUAUGGAAUCAUUGGAGCCAUUAUGAAGGCUAUUUUGUAAAUAUAUAAAGUUGAAUAUUUAUCCUUUUA